CGAACAGGGUCCACUGGGUUCCGGCGGUGCUAAGGUGAAACUCGACCUCAUAUCCCAACUACCAGCGCCUUCAACCGUGACACGACCCGAACGUGCUCCACCGCUUUAACAACCUGCUCUAUAUUACAGCAGAAAUGGUGUUCAACGUUCACUAUAUGCUACUCCUCCCACCUGCUAAACCUAACUCUGUUUCCUCCCCAAUUCCCGUGCUUGAAAUCACAACCAGUGCUGCGAAUACUGAGAGAGAUGAGCCCGACCAAGCGGGGAACCGAAGAAGCGGUGGCCGGAGACAACAAGCAAGUCAUCUUCAAGGGAUACAUAGAAGGGAUUCCUAAAUUAACGGACAUGGAGCUCGUCGUCGGGAACCGGCCGGUCAAUCUGCCGGACAGCGACGGAGGAGGAGCGGUGAUGCUUGUGAAGAAUCUCUACCUUUCCUGCGAUCCUUACAUGAGAGGCCGCAUGCGUGACUCUCGCGACUCCUACAUUCCUCCUUUUCUUCCUGGCUCGGUUAUAGAAGGAUUCGGUGUGUCCAAGGUUAUAUCUUCAAGUCAUCCAGACUAUAUGCCGGGUGACCUGAUCUCUGGUUUCACUGGUUGGGAAGAGUAUAGUUUGAUACGAAGGACUGAUCAGCUCAGGAAAAUUCAAGCAGACAGUGAUAUCCCACUCUCCUACCACCUCGGCCUCCUAGGUAUGCCAGGAUUUACAGCUUAUGCUGGAUUUUAUGAGGUCUGUAAACCAAAAAGUGGGGACUACGUUUUUGUCUCUGCCGCCUCCGGAGCAGUAGGACAGCUUGUCGGGCAACUUGCUAAGCUACAUGGAUGCUAUGUUGUAGGAAGUGCAGGGACAAAAGAGAAAGUUGAUCUUCUAAAAGAUAAGAUGGGAUUUGAUGAGGCGUUUAACUACAAGGAGGUUACAGACCUUGAUUCUGCUCUAAAAAGAUACUUCCCAGAAGGGAUUGAUGUUUACUUUGACAACGUGGGAGGCCCGAUGCUAGAUGCAACACUUCUCAACAUGAGGAUUCAUGGGAGGAUAGCUGUCUGUGGGGUUGUGUCUCAGCAGAGCGCCACUUAUGCACAUCACAAUCUGGCCAAUCUCAUCACAAAGCGGGUGACGAUGGAAGGGUUUCUGCAGAGUGAUUAUCUGCACUUGUUUCCCAGGUUUCUUGAAGAUGUCAAACGUUUAUACAAGCAAAGGAAGAUUGUGUACGUGGAGGACAUGAAUGUUGGCCUGGAAAGUGCUCCGGCUGCUUUUGUUGGGCUUUUCUCUGGGAAAAAUGUGGGUAAGCAGGUCAUUCGAGUUGCUGAAGCUUAACUGUACUUUUCUGGCUGUGGUGGUAUUUCACUGGGUGGUGGCAUAUGAAAUGGGUAAUCACCUGUCCCACCCCAACUAAAGGGAUGAAUUUAUAUGCAAGACAAUCACACAUUAGCUCAUUCAAUAAAACAUGGAGAUGAUUUUGAUUUUCUCCACAUAUGAUGGUAAUAUUUGGAGGUUAAUGGAGGUUAAUUAACAUUGAGCCACAUGAUUAGUUAACGGAGGUUAAUUAUCACUUCGGGCAUGUUCUCUUAGAUUAAAUUAUGCUAGCCUGGUCAAUUUAAAUACUCCGUAUGUUUUAUUGUUUUGGUCCGUGAAGUCUAAUAUGUUCCGAUCGGAUUUGUUUAUUUGGCAAUUGGCAUGUUCUUAUAUGGUUUAGUUGUAAUGUUAUGCGUUGCACAUUUAAUAUGUGUAUUUUAAGUUAUCUUUUUAUACA